CUGUGUCUGUUGGACGUUGUCAAAAAAUCACCAUGAAGGCUGUUACGAUUGUUCUCCUGGCCGCCAUUGCCAUGGCUUCUGCGCAAGGCGUUAACAUAGUGGACAACCCCGGCCCCACUGCUGGACAAGUCAAUGUUGUGGAGCAACCAGGUGGAGCAGUCAGAACAGUUGGACAACCAAAUCAAGGAGUAGAUCCCGGCUUCUACUUACCAUCGGCUGGCAACGGCGGCAACAACGGUGAUAUCGUCAACCCGGACCCAGGCUUCUAUCAGGGUGGCAAUGCCAACCCCCAAAUCCAAAAUCCAGUCGAUCCAGGCUUCUACAUGCCUAUGCCUGGUAUAACAGACGGUUAUAACAACGAUGACGCCGGACGUACGUCCCACCUCCUACGGAAAUGUCAGGCCCCCGAAAUACCCCAACCCAGCUGCCCGCACUGGAAAUUAAAUCAACGGAUUCGAAGGAAUUUCUACACAAUACAGAGAUUAAUCCCAUGAAAAGUGCAAAUGGCAAACGGACAACUUAAUUUCGAUUUUUAACUUACACACCUACAUUUUUUAUGUAAAAUAAUGUUUAAGGUGGAAUAAACACCUAUUUUUGUAUCGAUUUUUUGUACAGUAAUACAAUAUUGUGACUGCAGCAUUUAUGAUUAUUAAAUGAUUAAAAUUGUCAUCCGGUGUA